AUGGAAGAUGCAAAGGAAGUGUUUACUCCCUUAGUACAGAAGCAUGGCUUACAUGAAGCUAUUGGAACUCCAGUUGAUUCCUCAGUAUAUAGGAGCAUUGUAGGAAGCUUACAAUACUUGCCACUAACCAGACCAGAUAUAACUCAUGCUGUGAACCUUGCAAGUCAGUUCAAGCAGAAUCCAAAUUUCGUGCACCUCCAAGCUAUAAAAAGAAUACUCAGAUAUGUAAAGGGAACUAUUACUCAUGGUUUGUGUUUUACUUCUCAGUCCUCACUCAAGUUGUAUGGUUUCUCGGAUGCUGGCUGGGCAGGAUGUGCAACAAUAAGAAGAUCCACCACUGGUUACAUUAUAUAUCUUGGUGCAAAUUGUGUGUCCUGGUCCUCUCGAAAACAGAACACAGUUGUAAGGUCAAGUGCAGAAGCUGAGUAUAGCCUUAGCUGCUACAGCUACUGA